AGAAAGUUUCUCGGCCCGGUGCAAUGCGUGCGUUGAUCAUAACCCAUUCAAUCGACGCCCCGACAACGAAGAACACUGGCAAGAAUCGGUAGAUUCCGAACCUUCUCUUUCCUGGCCACUUAUUGAGAAAGUUUCGAAGUCUUUUGCUGUAAAACAUCGGGGAGUUUCGGUGAGUAACUUCUUGCGAACGCACACAGUGGAUUUCAUUUUUGAAUUGCGCCCUCUGUCGAUGUGUGAUGUCCAGUGUUGAACAUGUGUCAACUGAUUGUGCAAUUAAAUGAACUUUGUCAACACAAAACUGAAAGUAGGCCUAGCUAGGUCACAAUGGUCAGUAAAUAAAUUUGUACUUGUAAAUUGUGAUUGAACAUUUUGAGGUUGGUUCUUGAAGUCUUCAUAUUUUCUGUUGAAUUUUGUGGUUCUCGUACUAGAAACAGUCGGAGCAAAGCAAACAUCUUUUGAGGAUGGCUGGGGUUAGGACCUACCAGCAAGAGCUGGAAUACCUUCAUCAGCUAUCGCCAAAUGUCUGGCAGAUCAAAAAAGGCUUUGUUUCCAACAUGAAGGUGGAGGGACGUUUCUACGUCAACAAACAGUUGGAGAAGUUGAUGUUCGAAGAGCUAAGGAAUGCAUCUGGGAGAGCAAUGGGCGGCUUUUUACCCGGCGUGAAGCAGAUUGCCAAUGUAGCAGCCUUACCGGGAAUCGUGGGUCACUCCAUCGGUCUUCCCGAUCUUCACUCAGGCUAUGGAUUCGCAAUAGGCAACAUGGCAGCCUUUGACAUGGCCGACCCAGAGGCUGUUGUAUCACCGGGGGGCGUGGGCUUUGACAUCAACUGUGGAGUGAGGGUCCUGCGCACCAAUCUGGAUGAGAAGGAUGUCCUGCCGGUAAAGGAACAGCUGGCCCAGGCCAUGUUUGAUCACAUACCAGUGGGAGUAGGCUCCAAGGGUGUAAUUCCAAUGGGUGCUAGAGAUCUGGAGGAGGCACUAGAGAUGGGUAUGGAUUGGUCUCUACGAGAAGGUUAUGCCUGGGCUGAAGACAAGGAACACUGUGAGGAGUACGGCCGCAUGCUGCAGGCCGAUCCCAGCAAGGUCAGCUCCAGGGCCAAAAAGAGAGGGCUCCCCCAGCUGGGCACGCUUGGCGCUGGUAACCACUAUGCAGAGAUACAGGUGGUGGAGGAGAUCUACAACGAGCACGCCUCCAAGAAAAUGGGCAUAGAUCACAAGGGACAGAUCUGUGUGAUGAUCCACAGCGGUAGCCGGGGCCUUGGUCACCAGGUGGCCACCGAUGCCCUGGUUGCCAUGGAGAAGGCCAUGAAGAGAGACAAGAUUGACGUCAAUGACCGGCAGCUGGCCUGCGCUCGGAUACAGUCACAAGAGGGCCAGGAUUACCUGAAGUCCAUGGCCGCAGCGGCCAACUACGCCUGGGUCAACAGAACCAGUAUGACCUUCCUGACCAGGCAGGCUUUUGCCAAGCAGUUUAAAGAGACGCCAGAUGAUCUGGAUAUGCAGGUGAUCUACGACGUGUCACACAAUAUUGCCAAAGUUGAAGAACACAUCUUGGAUGGCAAGCAGAGGACACUACUGGUCCAUCGGAAGGGAUCAACCAGGGCUUUCCCUCCUCAUCAUCCUCUCAUACCUGUAGAUUACCAGAUGACCGGCCAGCCAGUGCUGAUUGGUGGAACCAUGGGAACAUGUAGUUACAUUCUGACCGGAACACAGCAAGGAAUGACGGAGACAUUCGGAACCACAUGCCAUGGAGCGGGUCGCGCCUGGUCCAGGUCCAAGUCUCGUCGUAACCUGGACUACCACACUGUACUGAGUAAGCUCCAAAGUCAAGGCAUCUCCAUCAGAGUGGCUUCCCCUAAACUCGUCAUGGAGGAGGCACCGGAGUCCUACAAGAACGUGACAGACGUAGUGGAUACGUGUCACACGGCCAAUAUAAGCAAAAAGGCCAUUAAGCUGCGACCGAUUGCAGUCAUCAAGGGCUAGACAAGACACACUGACUGGAAUUAAUAACUUACCCCCUCCCCGCCCCAUACCCCACCCACCGCCCCGCCACACACUCUCAAAUUUGUAUCCUUGUGGAGACAUUU